AUGAAGCGAUCAAGUGCUGGGAUGACUACUUUGGCGCUCUUUUCAACUUUAUUAUCACGUUGUGGCCGCUGUACUGGCUUUGGGUAUCUUCCUACUAAUAAUGUUGGAGGUAAUAUUAAAAAUACUGGAAGUCAAGCAUCGUUCGUGUCCAGAGCGUUCUCCGCUCAAGCAGCAGCAGCCCUCCGCAGGGUUGUUCGUCAUUCCACAACAACGACAGCAAGAACAACACCAUUCAGCAGUAGGCCAUUCUUUCAUUCCAUCGCCAACACGGGAUGCAGGAGGACAAGCCUUGUAGGAGCGUUUUCCACAGUACCAACAUCCGCCGAUGGAUGCCCUCUUGAAUUUGAAAUCGGGCCUUAUAAUGCGGCCGAAGUUUCCAUCUCCGAAUCAUCGGACAAUAACGACGACGAAGUAUUGUUGGAUCAAAUUGAUCGUUCCAUUGACUAUUGGCGGUCCAACGACUACACCAGUGCCUGGGUCUCGAUACCCACCAGUCGAGCACGCCUGAUACAACCUCUAGCGACGACUACUGAGUACAGCAACUUUGGCUUUGAUCUCCAUCAUACCAACUCGACCUUGCAAACCAUUGUCAUGAAAAAGUGGCUUCGGGAGGGAACGGAAGAUAAGAUUCCUCCCUUUGCUACACAUCAGGUGGGAUGUGCGGGUUUUGUGCUGAACCAUCAAAAUGAAAUCUUGCUCAUCAAAGAAUGGUCCGGACCUCUGUCGAAUCGGACGCCCACCAAACAAUGGAAGCUACCAGGGGGUCUUUUGGACUCGGGGGAAACCUUUGAGGAGGCGGCUUGUCGAGAAGUUUUCGAAGAGACGGGGGUACCUUGCGAGUUUGAGAGUAUACUGACUUUUUGGCAUCGACAUGGACUCAAGUUUGGAAAAUCAGAUCUGUACUAUGUCUGUCUCCUUCGACCCAAAUCCUUGGAAAUUGAAGCCUGUCCCGUGGAAGUAUCGGCCGCCAUCUGGAUGCCCAUUGACGAAUUUUUGGAGACACAAGAUCAUCCGUUGAUUCGUCACGUCCUGAAAGAGAGCUUUGAUUUGGAUGGAUCAUCGUCCAAGCCUGUUGGAAACGUGGAACGAUUGAGUCCCAAUGCGGAAAUGCAAACCGGUGGGGUGCAGUGGCCCGGCCGAUCGCCAUAUCCCACGUAUACAAGUAAACCUAGAAGCUAA